UGUACAUAGAACAUAGAUACAGAGACACUUGUCAUCAGGAAGGUGCUCUCUCAGCACAACGGAAAAUAUCUCAAUGAUUUGACAUGUUCUGGUUGUGAAUUCAGGCUACAAGGGGUCAGAGCUCUAUAAUGAGUCUCUCUGGGAAGAGAGUGGAGGGGGUUCCUGCCUCUAAAAUGAAUCUCUCUGGGAAGAGAGUGGAGGGGGUUCCUGCCUCUAAAAUGAAUCUCUCUGGGAAGAGAGUGGAGGGGGUUCCUGCCUCUAAAAUGAAUCUCUCUGGGAAGAGAGAGGAGUGGGUUCCUGCCUCUAAAAUGAAUCUCUCUGGGAAGAGAGAGGAGUGGGUUCCUGCCUCUAAAAUGAAUCUCUCUGGGAAGAGAGAGGAGUGGGUUCCUGCCUCUAAAAUGAGUCUCUCUGGGAAGAGAGUGGAGGGGGUUCCUGCCUCUAAAAUGAAACUCUCUGGUGAACAUGACACCAAAUCUAAGAGACCAAUCCAGCAGGAGAGACCAGCCUCCCCUGUUCCCAGCUGUGUGUCCAUGAAGAGUCACCAGUCUAUGGAGAUACCUAUAGCGUUCAGAGAGGGAGACUUUUCUACUGAACAAAGAGACCAACAGGAGAGAUCAGAGUCAGAGAUUCUCAGUGGUCAGUCUUCACUAAGUCAUCAACCAGACCUGACCUCUAUAUUCAGUUUGCUUGAAGAGAAUUUUAUGACAUUUGUGAACAACGAGCUGAAGAGGUUCAAGACAAUUCUUAGUCCAGAACUCCCACAAGGCUUUGAGAGUCAGAAGCAGGAUGAGGAAGUGGUGGAUGCUGAAGAUGAGAAGCAUGAGAGCAGUGCCAGAGAGGGGGCUCUGAAGAUCACACUGCACGUCCUGAGGAAAAUGAACCAGAAGGAGCUUGCUGACACACUGGAGAAAAAUGAACUUGCUGUGAUUUGCCAACGUGAACUCAAAUCUAAUCUAAAGAAGAAGUUUCAAUGUGUAUUUGAGGGGAUCGCUAAACAAGGAAACCCAACACUUCUCAAUAAGAUCUACACAGAGCUCUACAUCACAGAGGGUGGAACAGGAGAGGUCAAUAAUGAACAUGAGCUGAGACAGAUUGAGACAACAACCAGGAAACAAGCAAGACCAGAGACUGCAAUCAAAUGUAACGACAUCUUCAAACCCUUAACUGGACAAGACAAACUUAUCAGAACUGUGCUGACAAAGGGAGUCGCUGGCAUUGGAAAAACAGUCUCUGUGCAGAAGUUCAUUCUGGACUGGGCUGAAGGAAAAGCAAAUCAGGAUGUCCAGUUUGUAUUUUCAUUCCCUUUUCGGGAGCUGAAUAUGAUGAAAGGGGAAAAACACACUUUGAUUGAACUUCUCAAUCACUUCUCAGUGGAAACCAAAGCAUCAAGAAUCUCCAACUACGACAAAUACAAAGUUCUGUUCAUCUUUGAUGGUCUGGAUGAGUGCCGACUGCCCCUAGACUUCCAGAAGAACAAGAUCUGUUGUGACGUCACAGAGUCAACCUCAGUGGAUGUUCUGCUGACAAAUCUCAUCAAGGGAAAUCUGCUUCCCUCUGCUCUCCUCUGGAUAACUACCCGACCUGCAGCAGCCAAUCAGAUCCCCCCUGAGUGUGUUGACCAGGUGACAGAGGUACGAGGGUUCAAUGACCCACAGAAGGAGGAGUACUUCAGGAAGAGAUUCAGUGAUGAGGACCUGGCCAGCAGAAUCAUCUCACACAUAAAGACAUCAAGGAGCCUCCACAUCAUGUGCCACAUUCCAGUCUUUUGUUGGAUUUCUGCAACAGUCCUUGAACACAUGUUGAAACAUAAGGGAGAAGAGGUGCCCAAGACUCUGACUGAGAUGUACACACACCUUGUGGUGUUUCACACCAAACAGAAGAAUGAAAAGUAUCUUGGGAUAGAAGAGACAGGUCCACACUGGAAUAAAGUAAGCAUUCUGUCACUGGGAAAACUGGCUUUUCAGCAGCUUGUCAAGGGCAAUCUGAUUUUCUAUGAAGAAGACCUGAAAGAGGCUGGAAUUGAUGUCAAUGAAGCCUCAUUGUACUCAGGAUUGUGCACACAGCUCUUUAAAGAGGAAUGUGGAUUGUACCAGGACAAGGUGUACUGCUUCGUGCAUCUGAGCAUUCAGGAGUUUCUGGCUGCUGUAUAUGUGUUCCUCUCAUUCAGCAACAACAAUGAGAAUCUAAUGGCCAAUCAGCAAUCAACGUCCAGGAACAUUUUUGCACUGGUCAGAGACAAGCCUGAAGUUACUUUCUACAAGAGUGCUGUGGAUAAAGCCUUACAAAGUGAGACGGGAAACCUGGACCUUUUCCUCCGCUUCCUUCUGGGCCUCUCACUGGAGUCCAAUCAGAAGCACUUACGAGGUCUACUGACAAAGACAAGAAGCAGUUCACAGAGCCAUGAAGAAACAGUCAAGUACAUCAAGGAGAAGAUCAGGGAGAAUCCUUCUCCAGAGAGGUGCAUCAAUCUGUUCCACUGUCUGAAUGAACUGAAUGACCAUUCUCUAGUGGAGGAGAUCCAAACCUACCUGAGCUCAGGAAGUCUCUCAGAAGCCAAACUGUCACAUGCACAGUGGUCAGCUCUGGUCUUUGUGUUGCUGACUUCAGAAAAGGAGCUGGAUGUGUUUGACCUGAAGAAAUACUCCAGAUCAGAGGAAGGUCUUCUGAGGCUGCUGCCAGUGGUCAAAGUCUCCAGAGCUGCUCUGUGA